UUAGGGUACGAUAAUGAUAGUAGGAUAAGUAAUUAUUCAAACGGAGUUCUAGCUUUUAAGGGUUUCCGUUCCAUUUCCAUUCUCCAGCACGUCGAAGGAAGAAAUUUAACAGUGCUCUUCGGAUAGACGGGCGGAGGCGAUCGGUUUGGUUCCUUCUCGAUCUCUCUCGGUGGCGAAGUGUUCCCGUCAUGGGGGUUUCGACGCUUUUGAUAGCUUCGAUUGCGAUCUCCCUCCUGUUCAUCGGAGUAUGGGCAGACGCAGCGGUGGACGCUUCAGAUUCGGCGCUGAAACUGGAGUCGGAACAGCUUAGAUCCAAGAUCUUGUCCCUGGAAUCUAGUAUUGCGGAUACAACACGUGAUUUGAAGAGCAAAGAUGAGAGUAUUGGCCUCAUAGGAAAGACGAUUGAAGAGAAAUCGAGAACAAUUCAGUUACUGCAAAGUGAGAUAGAAGCACUGCAGAAGGAGGGAGAUGGGCAUGCAGAGGAACUUGUUAAAAAAGCCAAUGCUCGAGCUGAUGAGCUUGAAAAGCAGGUGGAAAAACUUACGAAUAAAAUUGAGUUGCAGAACAAAAGAAGAGCUGCUUUGGAUGAUCUGGCUCAUGAAGCUGAAGAGAAAGUGCAAGAACUUCAUCUGAAAUGUGAAAAACUCCAGAAGGUAAAUGAGGAGCAAAAGAUUAGGAUAAGUAAAACUGAAUAUGCCCUUCAAGUGGCAGAGGAAGAGCUUAUGAGGGCACAAUUAGAAGCAACAACCAAGUCAAAGGUGUUGGCACAGGUUCAUGGAGCAUGGUCGCCACCUUGGCUUGGCAUUCAUAUUGAUCGCUAUCAGGAAAUUGUGUCAACUCAUUGGAAAGACCAUGCAAAACCCGCACUAGAUUCUGCCUUUCUUAAGGUCUUGGAGAAAGCUGACCAGGCAAGAAGAUGGGCAGAGCCCCACUUCGAGAUAGUCAAAAUUAAAUGGAUUCCUGCCAUUAAAGAGCAAUGGUCAAUGCUUGCCGUAAAUGCUGAACCCUAUGUGCAAAUUGUCUCAGCCAAAACUGCUGAAGUUUAUCAUGUGUCUAAGAUUACCACAUCUACGUAUGCAGUCAAAGUACAUAAAUUUUUGGAUCCUUACUUGAAGGUGGCUAGGAAGGUUUCUAAGCCUUACAUUAAUCAAAUUGCCACUUUGACCAAACCACAUGUUGAAACGUUGAAGGUUGCUUUGAGGCCUUAUACAAAACCUAUAGUUCAAACUUACAGAAAGUUGCACAAAUCUACAACAACUUAUCACCGCCAGGCUCAAGCGGGCAUCUAUCAAUAUUUAAAGAAAAACGACUUUACAAAAUCACUUGCAUUCAAAGAGCUGGUUUGGUUUAUGGCUUCUGCAUUGUUGGUUUUGCCUGUUUUCCUUGCAUACCGACUCUUAUGCGAUGUUUUCGGGAUCAACUCUAGAAAGACAAAAAGGCCAACGCGAAAUCACGAAGCAAACCACAAAAACUGCAGGCCUAAGCGAAGGUAUUAUGACAAGUAGAGAAUGGCGAUGUUUCCAGGUUAUACUGCUUGCACCACAGAUGAUUGUACCAAUCGAACCUAUCGUUCCUUUUCCAUCCAUGGCGAUUGCAGUGCAAAUCUGUUUCAAGUUUCGAACAUCCAUUUCGCUGAGGGAAUGAAUUCGAUCCAUCACUCUGAAAAUUUUUGUAGUGCAAGAGUUUCAGUAUGCUUUAUUUUUCUCAAAUCUUUGCAUAUUUAUUAUUUACUGGAUCAUAUUUUUUUUCAAGGUUAUUUACACCGUCGUAACAAUCUACGACAAAAUUAACUAUCUAUAUCUUAAGUUGCACUA